AUGAGCGGGUCGGCUUCGGAAGGGAUGUGUCGCGUCCGACGCGUCCGGGCGGCCCCGGCGGCAGCUGAAGGCCGGCCCGAAUUCGUCCUCGAGCCUUGCCCGUCUGCUGGCCGCGCCGCGAGCAUGACAACGGAGACUCUCCCCGUGCCUCACGGAGACUCCGUGGUCGAGACGACUCCGCCCUCGGCGGGGGUUGUCAGUGUCGGGCUGGAUGGCUCACAAGACUCGACAUCGCAGGGAGGCGGCAGUUACGAGAAACAGGUCCUGCUGCAGACCACCAGCACGCCGAGAAACGCGGUCCUGCUCAAGGCCAUCCGAGACGUCCGCAUCUUCGGCCGGCGCCAGUCGCCGUCGUCCCCGUCGCCGUCACCGCGAAGAAAAGACUUCCGGCCUUCCCCCGCGGGGAAGAAGUCGGCGGCGGCGGCGGCGCGGGCUUCUCCUUCCCCCAAGGGGAAGCGGGUGGCUUCUCCGGCGGCAAAGGCGGCCGCCGCCGCUCGCGAGAUGAUCCGCAACGGCGGCGGCGGCGGGGCGACGAGGGUGACGGCGGAGGCCCAGAAGUACCUUCUCGUCGGCGACACCGUCGACCUCGGCGUCGCCGGCGCGGGCAGGGGCUUCCGGUGCGAGUACUCGUACACCCUGCGGCUCGCUUCUUCUUCUCGUUCUUCGGCCACGACGACGCCGCCGCGUUCUGGGACGCCAGCAGCAGCAGCCGCGGCUCCGACAGCCACACCCAGCAACCCCGGCCGCGGGGAGGACAAGCGCCGCAGGACGGGAAGCAUGCCCUUCGUCCCCUUCGGCGUGGUCGACCUCUGCGACUUGGACGACCAACCAGUGGACGCGGGAACGUCCGUCGAGCUGCCCAUCGAUCUCUGCGACGACGACAGCGACGACGAAGGGGAAAAGGGGGUCGCUACCCCUGCUGCUGCUGCUCCAGCUGCUGCCCCCGGUGGUGGUGGUGGUGGUGGUGGUGGUGGUGGUGGUGGUGCUGCUGCUGCUUCCUGCGAAGCUCGAGCGCGACCGAUCGCGCCGAGCGGAGGUCUUCGUGGUCGCUCCGACUCGGGGGGGCUCGCCAAGGCGUCGCCGACGCCGUGGAACAUCGGUUUUCCAAACCGACGAAAGUCCCCGCUUUCUCCAACGCAAACGAAGACGCCGCUACCGGCAAGCACUGACCCGCCUGCCGCUGCCGGGGCGGUGGUGGAAGGAUCGAGUGGGACACCGUCGAAACCCCCGUUCUCGCGUCGUGCGACGACGGCGGAGGCGGACAUCUCUUCAGGGAGAGGGUCCACGCCUUCCCCGUUGAUCGAAACCGACCCUGCCGAAGCGGGCAAGAAUCCGUCAGCGGCGGAGGCGGCAGCGGAGAAGGAGAACAGCGAUUUGUUCUUGUCGCAGGAACCGUUGUCGCGAAGACGAGCGGCGUCCCCGCGCACCCCGGCGUCUCGGCACACCCCGGCGGCGGGCAAGGACGAGGGGGCUCCCCUCCAGAAAAGACAAAGCGAUGUCUCUUCAGUUCACGAGGAUAUGCGUGUUGACGACGGCUGCAAAGCAGCGGCGGCGGCGGCGGCGGCGUCGCCUCCGGCGGAGCACUCGAAUCCCACGGAAGCGCGAGUCCUGACGCGUAUGGAUGACCACUUUCGUCUGACCCUAAACACGUUUGUGAAGUACGCUCCCGAGACCACAGUGGCCAUCGUCAAGGAGUUCCUAGCGUUAGGAACGGCUCCUCCCAGCAGCCUCUGUGGCACCAUCGUGUCUUCGCUGCUAGAGUCCAGGUGCAGGAUCCGGAGCGAGUGCCUCCGCCUGCAGCUGCGCGCCAUGCUGGACGUCGACCCGAACGUCUGGUCCCCGCCCGACAAAGACGACGCACCCGGGUGGCUGGAAAACCUCAUGGGCGUUAUCCUCACGGACCCCCCUGCCGUCGCGAAGCGGCGAGACCCCCCGAGCGACCAGGUGCUAGGGGCCCACGCCAUCGUCCUGGAACUGGUGGUGGACUACCUGGCCGCCGCCGGCGGGGGGGGUAGCAGCAGCACGGCGGCGGCGGUGGCGGAGAGGGCGAUGCAUUUUUUCGCCUUGCCGGCGACGAAGGGGAGAGGGAGGCGAAAGCCGCCGCCGCCGCAGGAGGUCGCGCGGAACCUCGCGAAGCACGCGGUCGGGAAGAGCGCCGAGUGGGCGGUGGGGGCGUGGGGGUCGGAGGGAGCGGGCAGAAGCAGCAGCAGCAGCCGGCGGCGGCGGCGGCCGCAGGAGAGCCCGGAGCUCGUCCGGUUCCGUCUCCUCUCGGCUAAACUGCUGGCGGAGGUGGUGGAAAGUUGCGCCUUGCCCGCGGACGAGGCUUGCGACGCGAUCGUAGACCAGAUGGACUUGUUCGCCGGAGGAGUGCCUGCCGCUUCCGCUUCCGCUUCCGCCGCCGCCGCCGCCGCCGCCGCCGCCGCCGCCGCCGCCGGCGGCUGGGUCGGCGU